GAGAAGAAAUAUGCCGGAGGUCGUGAAAGCAGCGAAGAAGGGCUCCAAGAAGGCCGUGUCCAAGGCGACAAAGAGCGGCGGCAGGAAGAAGAGGAGGCCCAGGAAGGAGAGCUAUGCCAUCUACGUCUACAAGGUCCUGAAACAGGUCCACCCCGACACCGGCAUCUCCUCCAAGGCAAUGGGCAUCAUGAACUCCUUCGUCAGCGACAUCUUCGAGCGCAUCGCCGGUGAGGCUUCUCGUCUUGCUCACUACAACAAGCGCUCCACCAUCACCUCCAGGGAGAUCCAGACCGCCGUCCGCCUGCUGCUCCCUGGUGAGCUAGCCAAGCACGCUGUGUCUGAGGGCACCAAGGCCGUCACCAAGUACACCAGCUCCAAGUAAACCGACUGCUGAGCAAACUAAACAAAGGUCCUUUUCAGGACCACCCACUUCCAACAUAAAGAGUACCUUAUUAAUGUUUUUAUAUCUCGACGACGAUUUAUAAACACGUACAUAAAAGAUGUUACCGGCAGAACGAGGACACGUAGAGAAGCGCUCGAGGUAAAUCCAUACUGAUCAGGGUGCAUGUGUUGUGGACGUGUACUGUGGUCUGCAAAUGCAGGUAACUCACCUGUUCCGUUCUCAAUAGUGGCUACAGACUUUGAAUGAAGUAAGUUGUGAAUGCAUACCAAAAAAAAGACUAAGUAUGACAAAUUAUAAAAGUCCAGAAAUCUCAUGUCCUAAACUGUCAUAGCUGGAGCCUCAGUCAUACAUCAUCACACUUCUGAGAGCUCAGUUCUAUAACCUGUAUUUUUUUUUGCCUCAAGUGUAAUUGGAUGUUCCCUACUCGUUCAUUACAUGAAAGUAGUUCUUGUUCUGCAUGCUCUUGUGUUUCCACCCUUUGAGC